AUGUGUUUGUUGCGUAAGUAUUGCCUCGGUCCUGGUGCUGUUCUCUUUGAUGUUCUUUCCUCAUCUAACACAACACAAACAAAUACAAAAGAAUACAACAACAGCAGCAGCAGCAGCAGCAGUGCAGCAGCAGCAUCUCAGGGCCAAACACAGCAGCAGCAGCAACCAACGCAACCUCAACAGACACAGGAACAGCUACGACAGGCAGCAGCAGCAGAAGCAGCAGCAGCAGCAGCAGCAGAAGCAGCAGCAGCAGCAGAUACAUUUCGUUUUGGCUUAAAUUAUUUAAAUGAAAAUAUAAAUGUUUGUAUGCCUUUCUUUGCAAUGCAUGGCAAUCAUGACGAUCCAGGCGAUGCCUCGCAUUUAUCUCCUUUGGAUAUUUUAGAGGCUGCACAUUUAAUAAAUUAUUUUGGUCGUGUAGACAACAUAGAAGAUAUUCGUAUUCGUCCUAUUCUAUUAAAGAAAGGAACAUCUAAGGUAACAUACGAAGUACCAGCAGAUGAGCCAACAGAGAACUGGUUUAAUCUUCUUCUUGUUCAUCAAAAUAUGUAUAAAGGAGCACACGGAGGAUCUCCAGCAAAGAAUUGUUUAUUAGAGAAAAUGUUGCCUCCCUUUAUGGAUAUUGUUAUCUGGGGUUAA